CCUCCUGUUAACUCUACCCCGCUUAUAGUGCAUUUCUGUUGCACAUUUACUAUAUAAAUAUACAUAAUACAGAAACUCCAAAAAAUAAGGAAUAGUUAGAUAUAAGUCGGUAUCAAGUUCGAAUUAAAUAUAGCAAUCACAAUGCAAUUUUUUAAGAUACCUAAAUUUCAAAUCAUAAGUUUUUUUCGAUGCUUUUCCGCAACAUCAUUAAAAAUGGAAAUUACAAAUUUUAGAAAGAAUCCAUUGAGCAUUGAAGGCCAUAAUUCUAUAAUAAUAUCACAAUCUUAUGAUAUUUUUCAAAAUCUAGCACUAGAAAACUGGUUGUAUACAAGUUGCGAUUUUUCUACUUCAAAUAUUUCUGUCCUUUUAAUGUGGUUUAAUGAGCCAUCUGUUGUAAUUGGGCGACAUCAGAAUCCAUGGAUUGAAUGUGCUGUCAAAUUUUGUGAAACUAACGGAAUCAACAUAGCUCGUAGAAACAGUGGCGGAGGAACUGUAUAUCAUGACUUGGGAAAUUUGAAUCUUUCGUUUCUAACAUCUCGAAAAGAUUAUAAUAGAAAAAGAAAUUUAGAACUUGUAUGUAAUUCUAUAAACAAAAGAUGGUGUAUAAACUUAAAUAUUUCAAAGCGGCAUGAUAUUUUAUAUAAUGAUCAGUACAAAGUAUCAGGAACUGCAUCAAAAUUAGGAAGAAAAAAUGCCUAUCAUCACUGCACUGUUCUUGUGGAUGUUGAUGAAGCUAAACUGCAUCAAGCAUUACACCGAAAGCUAGAAAGUAUAGAGAGCAAAGCUACUUCCAGUAUUCGAGCUGAAGUCAUUAAUUUGAAAUCCUUGUGCUCUGAUAUUGACACUGCAAAAGUAAUAGAAGCUAUUACUAGCUACUACAAACAAGUUUAUGAGGUACAAGAUGACCAUGUCUUUUAUAUCAACCCAAAUGAAAAUGUCUUUCCAGGAAUAAAUCAAAUCCAAGAAGAAUUGAAGAGUUGGGACUGGUGUUUUGGACACACUCCAAGAUUUACUAUAACCAAAUCAUUUCAAAUAAAGGCAAAGAAUCCUGUUGUCAAUGUGGAAAUCCUAAUGAGCAUAAAUAAAGGCAAAAUUGAGAACAUUUCUCUAGAUCCACAAAUCCUUAAAAGUGAAAGUUAUAAUACAUUAAAACAAUGCAUUAUCAAUAAUCCUUUUUCAAUUCUGAUUGAUAAUUCGCUUACUGCAUGGAUGCACCAUAGUGACGAUAAAAUGGUUUGCCAAAUUGUUAAACACAAUAUAUUACAGAUGAUUUUAGGUGUGUUAAGGUAACACUCAUAAAUAUCUACUCUAUUGAAAUAAUUGAUUGAAU